ACCUGGAUAUGCUGAGAUGUUGCUGUUAGCUGUGGGACUUGCGGCAGGUUCACUGCUUCUGGUGCUACUGGGUCUUCUGUUGUGUGCUUUGCGAAGGAGGAGGCAGCGGAGACAAUACGAGGAGUUAGUGCCGACCCUGACUUUGGGAACAGCUCGUCCAACUCCAGUCAUCAUGGUUUCUCAAGGAAUUUGGACUAAUCCCAGUGAAAUCCCAUUCACAUUACCACCACGUUUUGUACCACGAAAUCAUGAAGACUUGAAGUUGACGGAGAUCCAAGAGAAACAAAAGGAGGAGAAGGAGGUGGAGGAGGAGGAGAAGGCAAAGAUGGAGGAGAUAAAGAUGCCCACUCCAAGAGACAUACUCGCUCACCGGGGCUCACUUUCAGUCAGAAGUUGGUAUCCAGUUGGGACAGUUCUAGCUGGUCUCUACUCUGGUCAACCAGUAAGCGAGGUGGUAGCGCCACCACCUGGUAUGGCCACACGCCUCUGCUUCUCAGUAGAGUAUCGUCACAGCAGUGAGCAGCUCAUGGUGUCCUUGCUUCGUCUGGGGAACCUCCCUCCACGUUUCCACGGGAACAAGACUCUAGUUGAGCUCCGGCUUCUACCAGAUGACCGGCGCCCUCGCCAGGCCAAAGCCAGGGGAACUGGACCGGACCCAGAGUUCAACGACUGCUUUGUAUUCCAGGUUUCGGGUGUGAGUGUUUCUCAGAGCACGCUCAGUGUGUGUGUCCUGAGUGUCACACAAGAUUGCAAGCGCCAAGCUGUGGGCCGGGUUCUCUUUACUUUAGAAGGGGAGCUGGGUCAGGCUGGAAGGGUUCUCUGGAGAGACCUGGAGCCAGAGGACCACACACAGCAUUCAGAGCUGGGUGACGUCCUGGUGUCUCUAAGCUACAGUCCGUCACUACAGCGUCUGUCAGUGGUGGCUCUGAGAGCCCGCGGCCUGCAGCUGCUGUCAGACGCAGGUGUGUGUGUCCAGGUGAGCCUCCGGAUACACACUCAAGUUGUGAAGGUGAAGUGCAGUGGGGUGAUCAAGGCCGAUGCCGACCCGCACUUUAACCACAGGAUGACGUUUAAGCUGCGGGUCCAACACUUGGAUGAGGCCUGUCUGCGGUUUGAGCUGCAGCAGGUGAAUGAUGUCCGGACAGAUCCAGUCGUUCUACUGGGAGCCCUGGUUUUGGGGCCUUUCAUGUACGCCCGGGGUCUUCAGCUGCAGCACUGGAUGGACAUGAUCAACGCACCGCAGGAGUCGGUCAAAAUGUGGCAUGGACUCAGCAGAGCCACUUAG